AUGGAGUUCUUUGCGACAGGCGAAUUCCAGCAGCUCUACAGCCAACUGGAUGACUCGACCAUGCCAAUGGUUGCUGGCGAUGGCGUUGGCGAUGGCGAUCUCUACGAUGCUUUUCCACAACAACUGUUGGAGCUGCCUUCGGCUAAUAAUCUGGAAUGUUGCUACGCAGAUGUUAACUUUGGCAAUGGCUAUGAGGCGGGCGGCAUGGAUUACUAUGGCAUCAUAACACUCGACAGCAACAACAAUCACAAUCACAAUCAACUCAACAACUGUGCGGAUGAUGCGCUCCUCUUCGACUUUAGCCACGAUCCGGAUGCAACGUUAGUGUCCAUUUCAUCAGCAUCUGCAUCUAUAUCUGCAUCUGCAUCUGCAUCGCCGCCAGAGCUCAGCGAUUGGGAGCAGCGACUGCUUGAUCAUUUUGUGGAAAUACCCGAACUAAUUGACAUACUUCCCGAGCGAACGCCGCUCUGCACGGACAUGUGCGACAGCUUCCUCCAGGAGAGCAACGACAAUCUGCGCCUGGCCACGCCCACUUCCCCAGCUGCGGAUACGCCUUCAUCGGCUGCCGCUGUGCCGCUGCAGCUCGGCCAGAAUGCCGCCGGGGAGAAGGGAUAUCUGUGCACCUUUGGCAGCUGCGAGAAACUCUACGCCAAGCCCGCCCACCUCAAGGCCCAUCUCCGUCGACAUCUCGGCGAGAAGCCUUACGCCUGCAGUUGGCCCGACUGCAGUUGGCGCUUCUCCCGCUCCGAUGAAUUGGCCCGCCAUCGACGCUCUCACUCGGGUGUCAAGCCCUACAAGUGUGACUACUGCAACAAGUGUUUCGCCCGCUCCGAUCAUCUCACCAAGCAUCGCAAGGUUCACGAGCGGCGUCUCUUGGCUGUCACCAGAUCCGGCAAGCUCCUGCCCAACGGUUCGCUGCCCCAAAGUGUCUACGCCGUGCGUCCGGGUCGCAAGCGCAAGAAUCAGCUCUGACAACUCAUCCAAAAGUGUGCUGUCCAAACUGUUACUGAAUCUUGUUUUGUGCCUAAAUGUGUAAUGAAAAAGCGAGGCUGCAAAUGAAUUGAAGGUGAAUAAAAUAUAUGAAAUUAAAUUACAAUUUAAAGCUAACUAAGUAACUAGAUAAACAUUAUAAAGUACUUGAUAAUUUAAAAUUGUAAUGAAAAACACUAAGUUAAUUACACAAUUAAAAAACU